UUCCGAUUUGCUGCCUCGGGACUGGCAGAAGUGAGCGGCCUCAUUUUCGUGGAACGGAAAUGUGAGGCGGCUGAUUGCGGCAAUUCUCUGGGCCGCUAUGCCCAAAGUCCGACCGCUUGCAAAGUGCACAACUCAACGCCCGACAGGAAAGAAUGUCACGGAGUACCGAUAAAUGAGGAUGCAUACAGCAUAGGCCAUUGGUAUGGGCUUGCGCGACCACGGAUGGACGACGGAGAGGAUUUUAAAGUCCGAGUCCCGUCGAGGGUGCGAGCUAGCCUGGCUAAAUCGGCCAAUGGUGAAUUAAGAAGAAGCCUUCUCAUCCUGGCCGGUUUGCAGUUACUGUCUCGGACAGGUUUCAUCUGCUCUUCGGCGGGAUUCGUACCUGCUGACGUGAGUCCCGCACUCAAAGACCACAAGAUUCAAAUGACACCGACUGUCAGUGCUAUUGUGGAGUGCAGCGGAAGCAUAAAUUCUUCAGUUUCCAAAAAGUGGCAUGACCUUAAGACAUUCUGGUAUGGACGAGCAAUGAAUUUGCCAUAUCUUGUUCAAUGGGAUGAAGGAAUGGUAGUUGAAUUUUUCCCACAAUUGUAUAAGUAG